AUGGCAAAGAAUCCUCGCAAGAAUUCUCGAAAGUCAAAAGGAAAGGACUCUACUAUUAAUAGUAGUUCUUUCUAUAGCAAUCUGUGGUGGUGGCUGCGUGUGUGCUUGGCGGCGGUCGUCUCCAAACUCGUCGCGGAUUACUAUUUUGUGCAGAGAUCCCAACCUACCCUGAAUCGCCAGUUUCAAUCCUACCAUUCCGACGUCUAUGUGAUUGACGACUUUCUCCCCACCGAAGUGGCAUUGGAUUGGAGACGGCGCAUGCUGGAAGCCUGGGAAAAUACCCAAGAACUCUUGACGGACUGUGAGGGCGAUUCUUCUUGUCCCAAUACAAACAACGAGAACAGUAACAACCGAACCUUUCACUUUGCCACCAACAAUGACGGCUUCCAGCAAGGCGACGGACGGGUUCCCAACAAUGCCAAGGUUCGUUCGUUGGAACAACUCCCCCAACGCAACCACACGGCUCAUCAAAUGCGACAACGACAACUGUUUGCCUAUGCCAAAUGGGAAUUGCCUCCCACCCACGCAUUGGUACAAGAAAUGGAAGACUACAUGCGAUCCAAUACGACACGACACACCGUGGCACGAUUGUUAUCCGACAAACAUCCCCAAUUGGAUCUGCAACCCCAAUUGGCGGAUUUAUUCGUGACCUAUUACAACCAGGGAGAUUUCCUCACGACGCACAAUGACAAUGUCUGUGGCACGUGGGCCUUUGUCGUGUCACUCACACAAGAACCCGACGAAGGACCAUCCUGGAACAACGAUAUGGGUGGGACCUUGCGCUUUCAAUGUCCUCAUACCAGUGCCAAUAGAUAUCAUCAUCCCAGUUCCCCCAACUAUUGGUGCGAAUCCUUGGUCCCCAAAUUCAAUACGGCCCUGCUCUUCAAUACGCGAUUGCCGGGAGGUGUCAUGGGACCCAAUCAUGAAGUCCUUCCCGUGCACGUCCCACCGUCCAGUGGCUACUUUCGAUUCGGUUUGACGGGAUGGUACAUGGACGCGCAAGAUGUCAUGGACGAAACUGCCAAGGCAGAAUUGAACAAGAUGAGAAGUCGGGAUUAA